UAAAUGUAAUGGCCAUGCCAGUGAGUGUGUGACCAACGAGCAGGGCAGGCUGGUGUGUGACUGUCAGCACCGCACAGCGGGCGUAGACUGCGAGAGGUGCCAGCCCUUUUACCACGACAGGCCAUGGGCACGGGGAUCCUCUGAGGCAGCGAACGAAUGUCUCCCCUGCAACUGCAGUGGGAGAUCGGAGCAGUGUUCCUUCAACAUGGAUCUGUACCGUCGGACUGGCCAUGGGGGAUGGUGUCAGAACUGCAGGGAUAACACAGCAGGUCCCCACUGUGAGACAUGCAAGGAGCAUUUCUACAGGAGGAACGCUGAUGAGAUCUGCCAGCCUUGUAACUGCAGUGUUGUGGGGUCACUGAGUUUACAAUGUGACCACAACGGAGAUUGUGUCUGUAAAGCAACCAUCACGGGGAAAAAAUGUGACCAGUGCCAGAAGGGCUAUCACUCUCUCUCGGAGGGAGGGUGCAGAAAGUGUGGGUGUCAGCCUGAAGGCAGCAUUGGCGACUGUGAUUCGACCAACGGAGAAUGUAUCUGUAAACGGAACGUGGAGGGAGCCCUGUGCCACAGGUGCAAGUCAGGAACUUUCAAUCUACAAGCUCACAAUCCUCAUGGCUGUAGCAGUUGUUUUUGCUAUGGUCACUCGGCAGUCUGUACAUCAGCUUCCCAGUUCACCGUUCAUCACAUAGUCUCCACCUUCCAGCAAGACACAGAUGGUUGGCAAAGACAGACCAUGGAUGGAGGGGAGUCUCCACUCUCCUGGGAGAAGGGACGGAUCAGUCUGUUCCCAGAAGACGGGGAAUGGGAAUAUUUUGUUGCACCAGAAUUCCGUCACUAUUGUCCACCUGUUGCAAGCCGUGAUCCUCAGGAACUGAUCUACCACAAAACCCCAAUGCUCGGCCAAGCACACAUCACACCAACCACCUUUUCCAUCUGCCUGGCCGUAACACCCCAGCCCUACUUUGUGAAGCUUCCGGAUGGAGCAGAGCUGUCCUGGGUGAUGAGUGGGAAACCGUUCACCCGUAUCCAGAAGCAAACCCAGCACAACCCCUGUCAUUGA